AUGGACAGAAUUACCUCCAGGCUCGUCACUUUGAACAAAGGCUUUGGCCAAGUUCGUCAGUUUGCCGCGGAGAAGUUAGGAACAGCUGAAGAGAUAACUGAUCUUCCGCAAGAAUAUAAAGACCUCGAAAAGCGUGUGGACGCACUGCGCACAGUUCACACGAAUCUUUUACGUAUUACCCGCAUUCAUACGAAUCCGUCUUAUGAUUAUCCUUCGCAAUUGCAAGAAUCUGUGGUAGAGCUCUCACGCAACGUACAAGAUCAACUCAAAGUUUUAACUCAAAGCCCAGCCGAGCGUGCAGAAUCCGUAUCUCGCCAGGUGGAUCCAGUGCAAGCUUCGGUUCCCAAGACACUUCCUCACGCUUUAGCGCGUGCAUCUGCUCAGGGCGCUGAGCUACUGGGUACUGAAGAUCCUCUCGGGAUAGCAUUGAUUAAAUAUGCAGCUAUUCAAGAAAGAAUUGGCGAGCACAGGAUAAAAAUGGAUGAAGAGAUUACACAAAAGUUUGUUCAGCCAUUUAAUACAACAUUGAAUACCAGUAUCCAGUUUGCGAUGAAGGCCAGACGGAACGUACAGUCUACGCGGCUGACUUUGGAUGCUGCCAAAGCAAGAUAUAAGAAUACAAAAGCAGAGAAAAGCGAGGCUGCACGGCUAGAAAUUGAACAGGCUGAAGAUCAGUUUGUUGCCGCUGUUGAGGAGGGCAUUACCUUGAUGAGGGCCGUACUGGAUAAUCCCGAGCCGCUGUGUAAUCUUGCUGACUUGGUGACAGCACAGUUGACGUUUCAUAAAGAAGCCUAUGAAGCAUUGGCUGAACUCGCUCCCGAGAUUGAUGAAAUUCAAGUGACUCAAGAAGCUCUGUACAGUGUGAAGGACGUGUCUGCGAUAGGGCUGAACCUAUCGGAAGCCAGUUAUGGCGAGUCGCCAUCGAGCGGUGGCCGACGGAUCUUCAUUACUUCAGAAUUAUUGCUGGGGCUGUUGCCGAUGAAGGUGUCUGCGGUAGGGCUGAACCUAUCGGAAGCCAGUUAUGGCGAGUCGCCAUUGAGCGCAAUAAUGAGAAAAGAAAAGAGAAAACGCUCCAACAGGAGUCGAUCAGAUAGUGACAUAGACUUUUUCUUAAAUUCUUCGGCACCUACUCCAAUAUCCUUUUUUCGCUUAACUCAUCCAACUAAACGUGGACGAGCAAUUGAGAAGUAUAAAAAAAGUCUUGCCAUUGCUAUAAAUAUUAGUAAAGGCUCAAAACUUGAUGAGCUGAGAGCCCUGGAUAAUGACGAAGAAAUUAUACAACGAGACUGGGAAAUUUGGUUAAAGGAAAAGAAAGCGGUUGCUGGUGCAACAAAAGGCGAGAUUGGGGAACAUGAUAAUUUUGCUUCAGGAAGUCAUUGCAUGAAAAGUACUGAAGAAGAAGAAAAGGAGGAUGAAAACGAUGAACCUUUAGUUCCAAAACGAUUGAAAUUCGAUGACAGUGAUAUCAAUGAAAUUAAUGAUAUAGAAACUCAGUGUAAACACUCGGGAGUAGAAGGAGACAGUUUAAACAAUCCAUUUCUUGUACUGGCUGAAGAUAAUACGUCGGGUGAAAAUAAUGCAUCUGAUGCAUCCUACCGUACUGAAUCAGAGGAAUCCAAUGUUGAUAUUGAACUUGAACAAAAAGAAAAAAUUGAGUUCCAGUACGAAUGGCUUGUUGGACCUGGCAUAAAAGAGUCUACAUUGAUUGAAAAUGACAAUAAGUGGACUGUCGGCACAAUUGAUGUUUCAAAUUUACUAUUAGAAUAUCGUAAUCUGUCAGUCAAAAAAGCAUCGGAGAGAAAGAUUGAAAACGCUGUUGAAAUGCUUUCUCUUAAUUAUAUAUUUCUAUUGGAUGAGAAUCUAUCGACUGGGAUCUCGGAAAUGAUUGGUACCGCAUCACUGAAAGCGAUCUUCGAAAAUAUCAGAAGCGAAUAUACUCUAUAUCAUUUAUCAGAUAAAGAUAUUCUACGAUGUCAUGAGAUGUCCAAGGCAAGAUUUUGCGAGAAAUGGCAGAAGGAAGCCGAAGACAAUGAUAACGAUUUAGUUUUAGAAGUUUUUGAAUCGAUAGCAGAUGCGCGAGAAGAUUCAUUCGUUCAUGAAGUCUUUGCACCAAUAAUUUUACCUUUUUUUGUAAAUAGCGAUCUAACGUGUGAAUGGUCCUCGGAUGUUUUGGAUCCAUCAACCCACAGAAAACGUAAAUUCGAUCCUAUUCUCCAGGGAAGAAAAGCAGACUUCUCUGUUUAUACACAAAUUAAAGGCAGCAGAUACUAUUUAUUGGUCUCCGAAAUAAAAUCCGCCAGAUAUAUUUCUUCAAAGAAAAUCAAUUUUGUGGAUUGUGAUUUAGUAAAAAUUGGAAAUGAAAUGAAGGAUAUGCUUGAUAAGUGCAUUGAAGAUGGUGUGAAAACCGAAGAUUUGGCUAUUUGUAGCAUUCUUGUCGAAGGUUUUCAGUGCAGUGUGUUUGUGAUGGACCUGAAGUUUGACGCAAUAUACCGAAUGAUAUUCAUGGGAAAGUUUUUCCUUCCACAAAAUAUUCAUAACCUUAAUGUACUUUCUAUAGCAAUAGAAGAACUAAUGCAGAUAAAGAACAUUGUUUCCCGUUCCGUUGAGCUUUGCUUUCAAAGUUUAUCUCGAUACGGCAAAGAUCCAAGUAUUACAUCUACUAUACCCGCCACACCCAUACGCAAUAAGAUGAUGCGACCAUCCUUUCACACGCCAAUAAAGUGCUCGGAGACCACACCAGCUGAUAGCAAUCUACCUGCGCGGCCAUUAGUUCCGCCUCAUUCAGUAUGGGAUGAAGAUUGGAUAACAUCGCUCAGAGUAUUACUAUGGCCAAUUGAUUAUUUUCGACGCGAGUACCCUACUAUUACUGCAGAAAAGUCACAAUUAAUAUUUCAUUCUUUGUCCCAAGGUAACGAUCCAUUAAAUCGUUUUUAUUCGAAAUUAAAAAGAUUGAUUAAACAAGCUUAUCCCGUAUUAGCAGAAGCGAAUCAGGAGGAGUUAGUUAGACAACAAUUCUUUAAGGGAAUCUCGCAUGAUAAUAAAUUAGAAGUAACUCGUAUUGGUCUCGAAAAUCCAAUUUCUCCUUUAAUACGCAAAUUGGAAGAGUUUGAAAGACGGAAGGCAAAAUUAAUGUUAGGUGAAUAUAAUCCUGAGUCCCACCCUGUCAAUUACAAUCAAGAGCACUGUGCACAGACACAAGGUAGAGAGUUACCACGUCCCAGUCAGAUGAAAUCAGGAAAACUAUAUUCAGAUCCAAGACUCCGUCUCAAUGAUCAAGAAUGGUUAACAGGGUAUGGAACAUUAGAACGUCUUAAUGCCACAGCCAAAGAUACAUCAUUUCUUCAGAACAUCACAGAUUUUAUUUCUAAAGGCGUAUUAGAAAAUAUUUUUCAAAGAAAAAUACAGAAAGUGAUUCAAAAAAUGCUGAACAAGAUUCUGAUGAGGAGCUUCCAACCGCAUGAGUAA